UUCUCAUUCGAAGAUUCGAUUAGAUUCUUGUGUUGUGGAACUCAGUUAGAUUUUGUCUAUUCGGUAGUAAAUAUAAAAAUAUGACAGAUUGUGCAAGUCUAGAAGCGGAUGAAGCUCAGAGAAGAUUCGUGUCUAUUUUAAAAGAAUACCCUAUUAUGUUGAACGUAUCUAUGCUCCCGGAAAUACGAAAAAAGAGGACCGCCGCGUUGACGGAAAUCACAAAACGUGUUGAACUUGAAAUGAACGUUCCGAUCACCGAGUGUCAAAUAGCGAAGAAGAUUCAGAACCUGAAGAGUAGGAUCAAGAAGAGAAAUGAACUCAUGAAGGCUGGGAAGAAAACGUUUUAUCUUAAAGACUGGCAAAAAGACUUCUCAGAUUUUAUGGAAGAGGAAUCUAAGUUGGCAGCGCUGAGGGGAAACAACUUCUGGGUUGAGCAAGGUGCUGUAUCAGCAGAACUUCUGCGAAAUGAUUCUGAAGGUGGAGAAUUUCUUACUUUAAAUGCAGAAAACUCUGAGGUGGAUGUAAACAGCUAUUCAGAUGAAGAUGAAAUGUGCAAACCUCUUCCCCAAGAAAUAUUGAUGAAUCAUUCUGCUGGAGAAUCAACAUCUCACACAGAAAAGAGACACAGACUUCCUGAAACCGAAGAAACAAAAAGGUUGUCAACUGCGGAAUUGAAAAGGCUUGUCUUACUAGAACAAUUAAACUUCUACAGAGAUGCAAAUAAAUUAGUUCAGUUUAAACUAGAUGAGCAGUGUAAAAAGAGCAGAGAAGAAGAAGAAGGAGCUCCGAACUGCUCAAUGUCAUGUUUGACACUAGAGUGUUGUGGUGAAUUCCGCUGUUUGAGCGAGCUACGAAUGUGUCGCGUGACUAGUGUCCAGGUUCCAAAACGCUGUGGAUCACCGGUAUCACCACCGGCGGCUCCACUAGCUGUGCCACAUGUUGCUCACGGCUAA